AGAGCUGCCCGAGCACCCACCGCCUCGCCAGACUCACCGCGCUGGAUCCAGAGGGACAGGACAGGGAGAGGUCGGGAACGCCGGGUCGGGGAUGGCUGCGUCCCCGGCGGGGUCAGUGGUGAGCGCCGGGCUGGACGAGAGCCCCACGGGGCUGAGCCCGGCCCCGGGCAAGGCGCUGAGCCCGGUGCUGCUGUGCAAGGUGUGCGGGGACACCAGCAGUGGGAAGCACUACGGCAUCUACGCCUGCAACGGCUGCAGCGGCUUCUUCAAGCGCAGCGUCCGCAGGAAGCUCAUCUACAGGUGCCAGGCGGGGACGGGGCUGUGCCCGGUGGACAAGGCACAUCGCAACCAGUGCCAGGCCUGCCGGCUCAAGAAGUGCCUGCAGGCUGGCAUGAACAAGGACGCCGUGCAGAACGAGCGCCAGCCCCGUAGCACGGCCCAGGUCCGGCUGGACAGCAUCGAGCUGGAUGCUGAGCUGCCCCCAGAGCACGUGGCCACCACACGUGAGGUGCCCCCAUCACCCUGUCCCGCUCCUCGUGGUCCUGGUGCCACUGUCACUGUCACCCCGGGUCCACGGGCGCCCACACCACCCACCAACCAUCGCUUCAUGGCCAGCCUCAUGACGGCCGAGACCUGCGCCAAGCUGGAGCCUGAGGAUGCCGAUGAGACGGUGGAUGUGACGGGCAGUGAGCCGGAGCGGGCGACCGGCGAGUACCAGGUGGCACCAUACCCGGCAGCCAGCCCUGAGAACAUCUACGAGACCUCUGCACGGCUCCUCUUCAUGGCUGUGAAGUGGGCCAAGAACCUGCCCGUCUUCUCCAACCUGCCCUUCCGCGACCAGGUGAUCCUGCUGGAGGAAGCAUGGAGCGAGCUGUUCCUGCUCUGCGCCAUCCAGUGGUCCAUGCCCCUGGAGAGCUGCCCGCUGCUGGCUGUCCCCGAGCCGGCCCCUGGGAAGCUGCUGCCGGCUGCCCUGGAUGUCCGGGCGCUGCAGGAGACCCUCGGCCGCUUCAAGGCGCUGGCCGUCGACCCCACUGAGUUUGCCUGCAUGAAGGCUGUGGUGCUCUUCAAACCAGAGACCCGUGGCCUGAAGGACCCCGAGCAGGUGGAGAACCUGCAGGACCAGUCGCAGGUGAUGCUGGGCCAGCACAACCGUUCCCACUAUCCCGGGCAACCCGUCAGGUUCGGGAAGCUGCUGCUGCUCCUCCCGGCGCUGCGCUUUAUCUCCUCGGAGCGCGUGGAGCUGCUCUUCUUCCGCCGGACCAUUGGCAACACCCCCAUGGAGAAGUUGCUGUGUGACAUGUUCAAGAACUGACAUUCCCACCCCGCUGUCACCUGGCUUGUUUGCCCCCUUGCACUGGCACCCUCUCACCCUCACCCUGGAUCUCCUCACCCUGGGGUGUGAAGGGGCCCGUGGUCCCAUCUCCAGGGAGGU